ACACUUCUAUGCUUCUUACUCACAUUUACUACAACAAACCGAAAUUCAAAAUGAAAUUGUAGAAGAAGAGAACAGUGCGAGAGAAUGGUGGAGAAAGAUGAAGACUCAGACCCAUGGUUAGGCGCAGACAAAUUCUAUCACAUCCUCAUGUGUUUCUCCAUCACUCUCAUCUUCUACUUUCUCGCUUCCCUAACUUCACACCCUUUCCUCCGCCGCCACGCCAUUUCCAUCGCAUCCGUCGUUUCUCUCCUCGCCGGUGCCGCCAAAGAAGCCGCCGAUCACCUCGGCUAUUUCCGCUCUUCCGGCGCUUCCUUCAAAGAUGCCGUCGCCGAUAUCAUUGGUGUCGUCGUUGCUUCAUUAGCUCUGUCUCUCUUCCGAUCCAAAACCUCUCGUUCUCGUACUCUUCCCCAGGGGAUUUCGCUUGUUUGAUUCCAGUUCCGUUUUCACAAUUCAAUUGAGAGGGACAGGAGGGGGUGCCAUUAAUGAGCAAGUGACUGUGGGUAGAGCUCCGUCUUCUAAGGUCCAUUCUUUGACACCAAAGCAUUGACAAUUCUUCAGGAGGGACUUUUUUUUCUUAUUACUACUAUGCUCAUUUC